UAUGAUUUCACUUUUGAACGAGAAGUAUUAAAGGCCAAUGAGGCCUCAGAAAGGUUUAAACUAAGCGAAACCGGAAGAAUGUGGCGUCGCGACGACUCCAAAGAAUCGUUAAAGAACUCGAAGUCAUUGAAGCAUUUUUCGCCCAAUUUUGACGUUCUGGAACCGGAAAAAACUGAUGGCACUGUAGAAGAUGUUAUCUCGCAUCAGUUACCACCCGCUGUAGAAUUGUCACUAGUACGUGAUUUUGAGGCCCAGGGGCCACGGGAUGACCCGUUUGUUGUUGCUGAACUUGGAACCAUAAAUGACCUUGAGGAACUUCGAGAUGUACUGGCGUCAGUGUCGGCUCCUUGUUCCUCAAGCCAUACCACCAAGCAACAGUCAGCGUUCAGCAGUCUAAAGAACAUUAACUUUCCUCGAUUAUCUGUUGAUGAAAAUCCUCUGACAGCCACAUCUUUGUCUGAACCCGGUUCGCAAACGAAUCUCGUACAAGUUGUGAAUGCUGAAAUUAAAGAAGUAAAUCCAUCAUUAGAUGAUUUCAUCACCUCUCAUUGUUCAAACAUUGACAAAAAAGUGGGUUCAAAAGAUCCAUCACCGCGGGAGAACAGCCCCACUAACUCCGCGAUCCAUGAAGAAAGAGUCCAAUUAGGACAGCCUGAGGAAAAUCAGUCAUCAAGCAUGCAACAGAAAACCUCGGUCAAACUGCCGACACCACCACAUCACUUUCUUCUUUCGCCAAUUUCUCCGACUUGUGGAGGGAACACAGAUUCACUAGUUUCCUCUGCCCGAGACGAAACUCCUAGUGAAGCUGUUGACACAGACCCUCCCACUGUUCUCCGCCUGCUGAAGAUGGGCUUCAGACGACGUAAAAUAAUCGCUCUGCAUGACGCUGGUGUCCGAGAUACACAUGAAUGUGAUGAGGAUACUUUAAUUACGCAGCUUUGUAAUUGGACCGAACUUGAAGAGAAAGGCGUUCCGGAGGAAGUUGGUAGGGCCGCAGUUCUUUUCUCACCAACAGACUUGGGAAAGGCAUGGGAUUUCGCUACAAUGAUUUUGGAGCUGACUGAAAUGGGCUUUCCAGUGAAGUCUGCAGUUUCGGCGGUUCAGGAUGCAAAGAUGGACAAAGAAGUGGCUGUUCUUCAGCUUCUGGGUCCGGCAAAUGAAACUUCCUCCGUUUCACGCCCACAAGUCAAUCCUAGUCUCUCCCCAAACUAUCGGUCUAGUCACAAUCAAUUUUCUCGUGGUGGCAUUUUGGGUGUGCUGGCAGGGCAAGUUGGGAAAAAGAAUAAAAUUAAGGACAAAAAGUCUCACGCUCCGUCGUCCUACCUCCCAGCAGAGCACUAA